GAUGAGAUCGUAUCAAGGCGAAGCGAUCGCGAUACGGGUGUAAGGGGGAUAUCGAUUUGAGAACUUGGCUAUAAACACCACAACGGGUGCAUGUCCACCGCGGCCGCUCUUCGACGCCUGUCACACCACGCCCGCCUCUUCUCCUCUACCACCACCAUGGCCUCGCAAUACACCCCCCGCCUCAUCGGCGCCCCCAACACUCUCGAGCACCGUGUGUUCCUUGAGCAGAACGGCAGCCCCGUCUCUUCCUGGCACGACAUUCCCUUGUUCGCAGAUCGCAACAAUGGCAUCCUGAACAUGGUCGUCGAGGUCCCCCGCUGGACCAACGCCAAGAUGGAGAUCUCCAAGGAGGAGCCGUUCAACCCCAUCAAACAGGACAUCAAGAAGGGUCGUCUGCGCUUCGUGCGCAACUGCUUCCCCCACCACGGCUACAUCUGGAACUACGGUGCUUUCCCCCAGACCUGGGAGGAUCCGUCCCAGACCCACGCCGAGACCAAGGCUAACGGUGACAACGACCCGCUCGAUGUCUGCGAGAUUGGUGAGCAGGUUGGUUACGUCGGCCAGAUCAAGCAGGUCAAGGUUCUCGGUAUCAUGGCACUUCUCGACGAGGGCGAGACCGACUGGAAGGUUCUCGUCGUCGACGUCAACGACCCCCUUGCGUCCAAGCUCAACGACAUUGAGGACGUCGAGAGACACUUGCCCGGCCUCGUUCGUGCGACGAACGAGUGGUUCCGGAUCUACAAGAUCCCCGACGGCAAGCCCGAGAACCAGUUCGCUUUCUCUGGCGAGGCUAAGAACAAGAAGUACGCAACGGAGAUUAUUCACGAGUGCCAUGAGGCAUGGCGUCGUCUCAUCAGCGGCGAGGCCCCCGCGAAGACUGCCUCGUACGAUCUAUCGAUCCGCAACCUGACCGCUCCGAACUCGCCCGGCCACGUCACCAAGGAUGACCCCUCGCACAGCAGCAUCCCUCCGGACUCGAGGAAGCCUCCGGCGCCCAUCGACCCUUCCAUCUCGAAGUGGUUCUACAUUGCAUCCGCUCCGGUAUAAGUCGUUUCAUGGGUGUAUGUGUAGCGUGAAAAUGGGAAGCCAAUGCCAAUCUGUCUCAUACAGUCUAGCGAUGGGUCUUCGUUCCGGGCUCGUUAUUGAUCGCGUACAUCGCUUUUGUGCCCACCAACAGAAGGUUAGUGAGCAACGUCGCGCACUGAAUCGAGCUUGACACGAACCGCAAGGCGAUCGACUGAAUUGCAGAACCCCGGGGAUAUUAUACUUAGAGCUACAAACAGAGAGGGUGCACGUCUGACACCAUUAUAUACAUAGAUACUUUUACCAUCACAGCCUAUCUUGACUUAUCCGCACCGUCCGGUUGCAUUGGCGGAUACCUGCAGUACCGAUCCGCGAUGAAUGUGACAGUCCAUGUACCU